CUUAGUGAUGCACUUCUGACGGCGAUGGUGUUAAAAGGUCUCACGGAUGAUUACAACCCAUUUUCUGUGCAUGUCACUCAGACAAAAGAAACGCUAACUUUCAACGAGUUCAAGGCGAGGCUGAGGAGCUUUGAAUGCACACUGCGCUACCGUAGCAGGCCCCGAACAGAUGAAGUAAUGACUGCAAACUAUAAAGCGUCCAAGCCUAAGCUUAAAGAGAAGAAAUAUUUCAACGGAGAAUGCUUUAUUUGUGAGAAAAUGGGGCAUAAAGCAAAAGACUGCAGAAACAAAGAGAAGAAAACUCAGCGCAGGGGGACCAACGCACAAUACAGUAACAAGGUGGCCGCCGUCACAGACACUGGACAACGGACUGUUCGUGUCAAGGACAAGCAUAAAACCACAAAUGAAGAAGAGACGUUUGUGCUUCGGGUGAGUGAAUGGCAACCCCACAACACACAGCAGCAAGGUCUACUGGUGGACAGUGGUGCAUCUGCCCACAUCAUGACUGAUGAGAGUGCUUUCAUCAAAUUUGAUGAGACUUUCCAGCCCAAGAACCACAUCAUGCAGCUAGCGGAUGGGACCCGGAUCACCGGCAGUGUCCUGAGGAAAGGAGAUGCACAGAUCAAGCUGACCGACUGCGACGGGAAAGUUGUGAGUGUCAAACUCACGGAUGCACUCCUGAUUCCCGGAUACCCACAAAACAUCCUAUCGGUGGAUGCAGCAACUUCAAAAGGAGCCAGAUUCAACUUUGAGAAGAAUAACAACAAAAUGAUCCUUCCUGAUGGCACAAUGUGUAAAAUGAAGAGACGAACAAGGUUCAGAAACACAGACUGGUCCACUUUAUGGAAAAGAAUGUGACUGAGGGGCAGACACAGACUGACUGGGACCAAUCGGAGGACCACUACAUAGAGUGGGUAAAUACACCUAGUGAAAACAGUCAACCACUGAUUGAAGUAACAGGACAGACGGACACAGACAUUGAGAAAGACUCAGAAAUGGACACAGACUCAACUACUGACACACAAACUACACGUACUACAGGUAGAGUCAGAAAGAAACCUAAGUAUUUGGAGGACUAUGAAUGUACAGUGCAGAACAGUAACUUAACCAUUGACUACUGUUACAGAGCUACAGUUGGGCUGCCACAGAGCUAUAAAGAAGCUUUAGAAUCGCCUAAAUCUGAUAUGUGGAAAAAGGCAAUGAAAGAUGAAAUGACUUCAUUUAAAGAGAACAACACCUUCACACUUCUACCAUUACCAGAGGGUAGGCAGACAGUGGGGGGAAGGUGGGUAUAUGCUCUCAAGGAGGAUGAUAAAGGGAAUGAGACAUAUAAAGCAAGGUAUGUAGCGAAGGGAUACAGCCAGGUAGAAGGACUUGACUAUUCAGAGACAUUCUCUCCGACUGCAAACUUGACAUCACUACGUGUGUUGAUGCAAUUAGCUGCACAACAUGACCUUACACUUAACCAGAUGGACGUUAAAGCCGCAUACUUACAUGCACCCAUUGACCAUGAAAUAUACAUGGAUCAACCCGAAGGUUUUCAGGUUAAAUCACAGAAUGGCGUGCGACUUGUGUGUAAGUUGAACAAAUCUAUCUAUGGGCUCAAACAAUCUGGGAGGAACUGGAAUAUGAUGCUCCAUGAUUUCCUGAUAUUGAAUGAGUUUGUGCAGAGCCAAGCUGAUCAUUGUAUCUACACAAACUUUUCUGACAAAGGAAAAGUGAUUUUAUUAGUGUGGGUUGAUGACAUAGUUGUGGCUGCAAGCAAUGAGACGUGUUUAAGAGAGGUCAAAGAGAAACUGAAAAGAAAGUUUAAAAUGAAAGAUCUUGGCCAUCUCACACAUUUUAUCGGGAUCAAUUUCACACAAAAAGAAGGCUCUAUCAAAAUGAGCCAGUCCAAAUAUAUCGAGAAGAUACUGGAAAGGUUUGGUAUGGCUGAGUGUAAACCCAGAGCCACUCCUAGUGAAAUCAAAUGUGAUCUGGUUCCAGAAGGUGAACAAACUGACGAAAGAAAAUACAGAGAAAUGCUGGGCAGCCUCAUCUACGUCAUGACCUGCACCAGGCCUGAUAUAAGCUGGAUUGUAAGCAGACUGUCGCAACAUAUGUCUGAUCCUAGAGAGAAACAUAUGACAGCUUUAAAACAUGUGUACAGAUACUUACAAGGGACUAAGAACUAUGAGUUGUGUUAUAAUAAGAGUGACACUGAACUCAAGCUGAUGGGGUACUCUGAUGCCGACUGGGCCAACGAUGUUCUUGACAGAAAGAGCACUACAGGCUACUGUUUUAGUCUGAGUUCAAGUGGAGCUGUUGUUUCAUGGAAAACAAAGAAACAGCAAACAGUUUCAUUGUCAACAUGUGAGGCUGAGUAUGUAGCAUUAGCAGCUACCAUCCAGGAAGCGCUCUAUCUAUCCCAACUACUAAAGGACAUGGACCACAGUUUUGAACAAACAGCAAAGGUGUUUGAAGACAACCAAGGGACAAUACGCCUUGCGAAGAACCCUGUGAAUCGCCAGAGGAGCAAGCAUGUGGACAUUAAAUACCACUUCAUAAGAUCGAACGUUUUGCAGGGCAAAAUUGUUUUGGCUUAUUGUCCAACAGAAAACAUGGUUGCAGAUGUGUUCACAAAAUCUGCCACAAGAGCCAAGAUUGGAAAAUUUUGUUCUUAUAUGUUUGGAGAAAAGUGUUAUGGCUGAAGUCUGUGGCACCAUCAAGUGGGGGUGUUGAGUAUGAUGCUUGCCACUGUUGUAUAUGUUAUGGCACUACUUUGUAGAGCGGAAGGUUACGUACGUGUUUAUAAAAAGCAAUAAAGGCGGAGCCUCCUGUGUUCUCUGCGUUCGGCGAGAGCGGGGCAGUGUGGCUACCAGUUAGCUUGGAA